GCGUAGCGAGCAGACUCAAUAAGUAUGAUGGGUUCUUAUUGCAGCCGCUGUUACAGUUUACAGCGCAAGGGAACACGCCCCUCAUUCACAGAACUAACUCAACCUACUCCAUCGACAUGCUUCAGUUGGCGAACCGUAGCGUGAGGGCUAAGGCCGCUCGUGCCAGCCAAAGCGCUCGGAGUGUCUCGUGUGCGGCUGCCAAGCGCGGUGCGGAUGUUGCUCCCCUGACGUCGGCCCUGGCGGUCACCGCAUCCAUCCUGCUCACGACUGGCGCGGCGAGCGCUAGCGCAGCUGACCUCGCUCUCGGCGCCCAGGUCUUCAACGGCAACUGUGCCGCGUGCCACAUGGGCGGUCGCAACAGCGUGAUGCCCGAGAAGACGCUGGACAAGGCCGCCCUUGAGCAGUACCUGGAUGGCGGCUUCAAGGUGGAGAGCAUCAUCUAUCAGGUGGAGAAUGGCAAGGGGGCGAUGCCGGCGUGGGCGGAUCGGCUGUCGGAGGAGGAAAUCCAGGCUGUGGCGGAGUACGUGUUCAAGCAGGCCACGGAUGCCGCCUGGAAGUACUAGGUUGAUGUUGUUAUUUCAACUGGGUCACCGUAGCUAGCUCGUGCCCCAGUUGUGGAUGCGAGUUAUACGUCAUUGCGUAACAUGUUCAUGAUAGACUGCAUUAGGUAGGCGUCGUGUGUGAGCACAUACAGAAGUCAUCACGCAAAUGGACACGUUCCGGCGAACCCGAGGGGAAAGGCUUGGGCCAGUACAUUAUUUCAACACUAAAAUAUGUAACAUAAUGGAACUUGAGCACGGUCCGGGAGCGCAGGCUGGGCUUGGGGGUCGCGGCUCGAGGGAGAGGGGCGACGUUGGGGCAGGUCGGGGCUUCAACCGGGUUUUGCACGGCCGAACCAUGAACGCGCUUUGGCCAGCCAAGAUACUGAAAAUACAACAGAAGGAUAUCCAGUAUGUAGCAAAGCCUUCAAACAGCGUGUACAAGCAAGCCUGUGACAAAGCGGACCCGGCCGUGAAGUCCACGGUAUUUC